AUGACCUUGGAUAAUUAUAUGAAAGGUGAUUAAAUUGAAUCCAUAACUUCUGAAAUUUCUUAGGGUAUGGAAUAGGAUUCUAAUCAUCCAUAAAUAUAUGAUGAUAGUGAAUAAUUUUAAUUAUUCUAACAUAAAGAUAUGGGAGAUUUGAGUGAUACCUUAGAAAAAGAAUAUAACUCAUAAAAUAUUGAAAAUGAAUUUUCUUUUACAAAUGGAUAAUAAUAUUAUAAAUAAAAUAGUCUAUCAUCAUAGAACUCCUCAUCAAAAACCAAAUAUGAUCUAUAAGAAAAAGAUGAUGAAAGUUAAUCAAGUAGAAAAAAAUUGAUAAAAAAAGUAUUCUAUUUAAAUAAAUUUUCAGUAAAAAAUAUAGACAGCCCUUCCUGGAGAAAGCAAAAACUUACACAAAUGUUAUGGAAGAUAAUUAUAAUUAUUCAUAAAGAAUUUUUGUAAUAAGACAAAUAACCUUAUAGUGAAAGAGAAUCAAGAUAUUAUGUAGUUUUUAUAAAUUCCAGGGGAUAAAAUAGGAAAAUUUGAAUUAAAUUAGAUUCUAAAUUCUCCAUUAGGGAAGAUAAUCUCUAAGGAAUUUUUUGGAUAAUGUUUAUGGAAAUAUAAUGUUGUCAAAGAAUCAAAGACUAGUGUCUCAUCUCUUUUCAGACACAACAUUGAACCUUUUUGGGAAGUUAACAAAAAAAAGAAAUUAGCAAUGUGA